UCCAGGCACACUUGCCCCUCCGCAGCGCCCACCGUGUCGCUUCCGGAACUCCGCUCGCUCCUGGCCGCCGGCCGGGCACGGCUCAUCGACGUGAGAUCUCGGGAGGAGGCGGCCGAGGGCACCAUCGCCGGGGCGCUCAACAUCCCGAUGUCUGAGCGGGAGAGCGCCCCGCAGAUGGAGCCCGCAGCUUUCCGGGCAGCGUACGCCGCCGAGAAGCGGAAGCUGGAGGAUGAGAAUCUCAUUUUCUUCUGUCAGAUGAGCAAGCGGGGCUCGCAGGCCACGCAGCUAGCCCGGAGCCUCGGAUACCGAGGGUAUAGGGCAGGCGCGCCGCCGGCUGGGGAGCAGCUGGGGACCGCGCGGCCUGCCAAGCCCUGCCCAGCCCUGCCCUCAUGCCUGUCCUGCGGGGCACGCAACUACGCGGGGGCCUAUAAAGAAUGGUUCCAGAAAUGGGGCUUCCAUCCCCCAGAGCCAACUUAACUAAGGGUGAUGAGUGGGCAGACAUGUUGGGCUGCACAACGCCUCAUAGUGCUGUGCACGCAAACGCUUCAAAUAAAGAGCACUGGAGACAUUUGUCAGAUGCGUUGAAAA